AUGGCUGCCUCGCACGCAGCGGAGCUGGAGGGCCGAGGCAGGAGUGCCGACGCCGUGCGAGGCCGGAAGGCCAACCUCAGCCAGCACGUCCAGGAGCUGCGCGACAUCAUCGCCUUGCAAGAGCAAGGGAGGAAGGUUUUUGCGCAGUCGUGUGAGGAAAAGCUCAGUCAGAACAGACAGCUGCUCCCCCGCCUGCGUGAGGCGGUGCAGGAGGACGUCCGUGCCCUGGGCAUUGUCCAGAAGUGCAACAAGCUCAGCAUCUCCGAGGCUUGCAGAGUGCAGAAGCACUUGGGCGUCGGUUUGGCCAGGAACACGGUGGAGGUGGCCAAGGAGAAGCUCCGAGCCGAGAUCUUUGACCAGGUGAACACGUCCAACAUGCUGCUGUACCAGAUCAGGCAGCACAGCCGAGUCCGGGACGAGCUGCAGAGGCGACUGCAGCAGCUGCAGGAUGCCGAGAUGGGUGACAAGCAGCACCAGGAGCAGGUGCAGAGGAUUCGCCAGCUGGAUAACAACAUGGAGAAGAUGCUCGCGAAAGUCCACGCUGGACAGAAGGUGACCGCCUGGUACCUGGCGGUGCGGGAUGUCCUGAGGAAGGAGCUGGCCCACCUGCAUCUGCACCUGGAUCUCCUGUGCGGGAAUCUGUACCACGGGGAGCUGGUAGACAUGGAAGUCAUGGCCUCAGAUACCCUCAAAGCCGCUGAUGUAACCAAGGAGGACAUGGCCAAGAUGGAAACCCGGUUCCUUGCGGAGAGAGAGCUCAGGCACCGCUCCCUGGCCGCCCAGAAGGUGCACACCGACAGGCUCUGGCUCAAGGAAGCAAGCGAAAGGCACCUGAGAGCGCAAGCCAGGUACGAUCUCGCUGUGGACUUCCCGACCCUGCAGCCGCAGGACCCGCUGGUGGGUGACAAACUGGAGGCCACCAAGUCCCAGAUGGAGCAUGUGGCCCAGGUGACUGAGAAGAUGGAGAAGGCCAAGGCUGCAGUGCAGUGCUCCCGCCUCUGGGACAUCCCCAGCAGGCUUCUGGCACAGCAGAAGUCCUCAGUGGACCUGGAGCAGUACAUCAAGGAGUGCGAGGAGAAGAAGCAGGCGCUGAAAGAGACGCUGAAGGAGCUGGAGCUGAAACGGGCUGAGCUGAAGUUUCACCAGCCCCCCAACACAACCAGUUGUAUGGAUGUGAAUGUGGUUGGCUCCAGCAUGCUGGAGGAGGAGCUGAGGAUGAAGCUGCAGUGGGAAAAGGCUCGGCUGGAGCAGAUGCAAGCCCAUACACUGAGGAAUGAGGAGCUCCUGCUCCAGUUUGAAAACGGCAUCGACAACCUUGUCUUCCGCCUGCAUGGCAUCACCGUGCCCGGCCAGGACAAUUCUGUCAAGGCCAUGGGGGUGGAGGAGAAGCUCCAGCACUGCGGGCAGAAGCUGCGGUACCUGAUGCAGCGGGUGGCCAACCUGUCCCCCGACAGUCACAGCCUUGACGAGGACAACGAGACUUUUGUGAAGGUCAGAAAUUUUCUGGAGAAAACAAUUGCAAAUGAUCCACGGAACCUGAAGGUUUCCUUCGAGGACACAGGCAGCAGUGUCCAAGACCCCUUUGAUUUUGCUGACAAAGACCAUGGCCAUGUCCCCACCCGGGAAGACAUCAAGAAGCAGGGGCUGCAACUGAUUGAAAGCAAGAAGAAAAGUGGCAAGAAGAAGUAG